UCAAUGGUCACUAUGACCUAAACAUGCUUGAUAUUUUGUUAUACCUUACUCUGAUAUUCAUCAUAUAUGAUAGUAAUACAUCUGGUUUACAGCUGAAGAAUUGCUGAAUAGAUAAUAGCCAGACCAUCUCAGGGUGUCACAUGAGACAAUUCCUGUUUUUCAAAAGGGGAGAAAAGACUGGCAUGACAUCCUGAACAGAGUGUGUGACAGAUUACGCUUUUCCUGUAGCAGCGUCACACCUUUAUAUUAAUUUUCCCCUGAAAGCAAAAGCAGCCAUUUGCUCCUGAGAUGACUAUGGAGGCAGACAUCUGUGUCGACAGAGAUCUGCAGCUAUAACAAGAAAAAUAAACUUUGUUCCCUACAUUUUAAUCAUUUGGAUACUCCUAGCAAAACAGUGAUCGUGUAACAUGCAAGGCAUUGAUCCCAAGGGACGUUCUCCUGCUUUCCUUCAACCUCAGAAUGGCAGCAGCCACAAAGCCUCUGGGUAUGUCCCAGGAAGAAUUGCCCCAUUUCGUCCUCCACCCCCUCCAAAGAACCAAGCUUCAGCCAAAUUUACAUCUGCAAGACAGGAAGCUCAUGCAACCAUAGCCUCAUCAGCAGAAGAGCAGCGCCGUCAAGCAGAAGCAAGCAGAAAGAAAAGGCAUAAAAAUACCCUCAUUUGCUUUGCCAUGUCUAGUUUUUCAUUUUUUAUUGCACUUGGGAUUAUUUUGGGGAUAGCAUCAAAAUAUGCUCCAGAUGAGAACUGUCCAGAUCAGGAUCCUCGUCUUAAAAAUUGGAAUCCUGGACAUGAUAAAGAAAAGAAAAUUAUACUUCAACAGGGAGAUCUGUUUCGUCUGAGCACAGAUGCUACAGUGCACUCUAUAGUUAUACAGGAUGGGGGAUUACUUGUCUUUGCCGAUGAUGAAAAAGGAUCCAGAAAUAUUACACUGCGAACACGUUUUAUCCUGAUAAAGGAUGGUGGAGCGCUUCAUAUUGGAGCAGAAAAAUGCCGUUACAAAUCCAAAGCAACUAUCAUCUUGUAUGGCAAAAAGGAUGAAAGUGAUUAUGUGCCAACAUUUGGCCAAAAGUUUGUGGGUGUGGGCCCUGGCGGAACACUGGAAUUGCAUGGAUCUCAGAAGUUAGCGUGGACGUCUUUAUCAAAGACUCUGUACUCUUCAGGGCUGGCCUCUGGAUCAUAUACAUUUGAAAAGGAAUAUUUCCGAGGCCUCAAUGUGAGAGUCAUUGACCAAGACACUGCACGCGUUUUGGCAGUAGAGAGGUUUGAUACUCAUGAAUAUCAAAAUGAUAGCAGGAAACUUCAGGAUUUUCUUAAAGGCCUGGAUUUUGGCCGUGUUGUUGGUAUUGUUGUGGGGGAUUCUGCUGCGAAAAACCUACUGGAUGAAACCAGAACAACCAUACAGAACCUCCUGGGAAGUAAACUCAUCAAAGGAUUGAGUUACAGGCAGGCUUGGGCUUUAGUUAGUGUGAUUGGUGAUGGAGAGUCAUCUUGUAAUGAAUCUGUGAGAGACUAUGAAAAUCACAGCACAGGAGGCAAAGCCUUUGCAGAAAGAGAAUUCUUUACCGUGGAUGGUCAGAAGUUCACAGUAAGAGCUUUCAGUGAAUGGAAUAUUGGUAUUCCAAAGUGGGGCUUCCAGGUUGAAGCAGUAGAUGGAGUGAUACUGGAUCUAUCUGAAGAUGUUAGUACUUGGAAACCUGAAGACCAGAUUGUAGUUGCAAGCACAGAUUAUUCCAUGUAUCAGGCAGAAGAGUUCACCCUUCUUCCCUGUCCAGAAUGCAACAAAUACCAAGUCAAAGUUAGAGAAACUCCUCAGUUCCAUCAUAUGGGAGAAAUAAUUGAUGGAGUGGAUAUGAGAGCUGAGGUUGGGGUUCUUACCAGGAAUAUAUUAAUAAAGGGCGAAAUGGGAGAGUCUUGUUACACUGGCAAAGAGUGCCAGUUCUUCAGUUACGAUACAUUUGGAGGACAUAUCCAGAUUUUGAAGAAUUUUACAUCUGUCCAUCUGUCUUAUGUGGAACUCAAACAAAUGGGUCAGCAAGUGCACGGAAGGUACCCUGUUCACUUUCACCGUUGUGGAGAUGUGGAUGAGAAAGGAGGGUACAGCUACAGGACUUUUCUAGAAGGCCUAUCAAUUCAUCACUGUUUCUCCAGAUGCGUUACCAUUCAUGCAACGAAUGGCCUGCUGAUAAAAGACACCAUUGGCUAUGACACACUAGGUCAUUGUUUUUUCCUGGAAGAUGGUAUAGAACAGAGAAAUACCCUGUUUCAUAAUCUAGGGCUACUCACCAAACCAGGCACACUUCUUCCAACAGACAGAAAUAGCACAAUGUGCACAGUCAUGAGGGAUCAUGUCUAUGGAAGCUAUGAGCCAGUACCAGCCACAGACUGCAUGGCGGUUUCAACAUUUUGGAUUGCUCAUCCCAACAACCAUCUUAUAAAUAAUGUUGCUGCAGGAUCUCAGGAUGCUGGAAUAUGGUAUAUAUUUCACAAAGUGCCUACAGGGGACUCGCAUGGCUUGUUUCCAGAAACAAAAGCUGAACUUACUCCUCUAGGAAUUUUCUAUAACAAUAAGGUUCACUCCAACUUUAAGGCUGGUUUAUUCAUUGAUAAAGGUGUGAAAACUACCAAUGCAAGUGCUGCAGAUAAAAGGGAAUAUCUAUCCUUGGACAAUAAUGCAAGGUUUCGCCCUCAUCAAGAUGCAGAUCCUGAGAAGCCCCGAGUUGCUGCUCUGAUAGACAGGCUAAUAGCUUAUAAAAAUAAUGACCAUGGAGCUUGGGUCAGAGGGGGUGAUAUCAUCAUUCAGAACUCUGGGUUUGCUGAUAAUGGAAUAGGUUUAACCUUUGCCAGUGAUGGAAGCUUCCCAAGUGAUGAGGGCUCCAGUCAGCAACUCUUGGAUUCUCUGUUUAUUGGUGAAAGCAAGAAUUAUGGCUUUUUAGGAGGUCAGAACAAAUACUGGGGGACUGGAGGAGUAAACAAUAAAACUCGUACUCUGCCUAGAAACCGGACUUAUCCAAUCAGAGGCUUUCAGAUUUAUGAUGGACCUAUCCGGCUCACCAAAUGCACGUUUAACAGUUUUUUGCCAACUCCAGACAGAUUCACAAGCGCCAUUGGAUUCCUAAUGAAAAACACUUGGCAAAUUACUCCUCAAAACAACAUUUCCCUGGUGAAAUUUGGUGAAAAUGUGUCUCUGAAAGUCUUUUUUGGCAAGCCUGGCCCUUGGUUUGAAGAGGCUGAUCUAGAUGGUGACAAGAACUCAAUAUUCCAUGAUGUAGAUGGAUCUGUGACUGAAUACAAGGAUACCUAUGCUGGCAGAAUAGAUAACUAUCUGAUUCGACAUCCAGAUUGCAUUAAUGUUACAAAGUGGAAUGGAGUGGUCUGCAGUGGGACCUAUGCUCAGAUCUAUAUCCAGACACGGAAUCCACAGAAUCUUACCAUGACUAUGGUACGGGAUGAAUAUCCUUCCAACCCAAUGAUACUGCGCGGUAUUAAUAAUCAGAAAGCUGACUUCCAGCAGUACCAGCCUGUUGUGAUGCUUCAAAAGGGUUAUACAAUACAUUGGAAUGGUCAAGCCCCACAAACAACAUUCCUGUACCUCAUUAACUUCAACAAGAAUGACUGGAUUCGGGUUGGCCUCUGUUACCCACCAGACACCAUUUUUCAAGUAACAUUUGAUGUGUUCCAAAGGCAGGCCUCCGCUUACUAUAAUGUGGAAUACUAUGCUCCUGUUUCUUCUAUGGCAGAACUACAGAAGACUCGAACAGAGAAAAUUUUUUAUUUUGAUAACAGCACUGGGUUGCUGUUCUUGUUUCUUCAAGCCAAAUAUCACAGAGAUGGCCACAGUUACUGUUCCUCUCAGGGAUGUGAAAGAGUCAAGAUUCAGGCCACCUUUCAGUCACGGCCUGUCAGUAACUGCUUGACAAAAGCUUAUCCAAAGUAUUCACAGAAGCCAACAGUUGUGAAGAGAAUGCCUCCCAAAAUAACUGGUUCCUGUCAAAAAUGUGGCUCAACUCAGAUGGCGUUUACCAGUGAUCCUCAUAAAACCUACCUCUUUGUGAAAAUAGAGUCCCCCAAUAGGCAAGAAUCACAAAAGAGCCAAGAAUCUUUUAUCUCAGUUAAUGGCGUUAAGUUUCCAUUGAAAGGUAUGGGUGUACUCACGGUAGUCGUUGAUGCAUGCACCGGCAGAGUAGCAAAGGAAACAUUUUUCCCUGAAGCAAACAUCAAGCACCUCGAAGAUUAUAUAAAAACUCAAAUUCCCCAAAGGUCUAUAGUUCUGCUAACCACCAGAGGGAAUAUUAAAAAUCUUAACAUUUCUCAAGCCUUAAUGACCCUGGGAGCAGCGAAACCAGCAAGUCUUCAGAACAUGGGGAACACUACCUUUUUUGGAUUCAGAGGAAACUUUAAACCAUCUUGGAUAAAGUUCUUUACCAACUCUUCAGAGCAAGGCCUAGGUCCAAUUGAAAAGUAUAUUCCUUUACAGCUGGAAGAAUAUGGUUGUGCCAGAGUGAACACUAGUCGGCGAAAGGAUAUGGAACUUUUAAAGCAGGCUCUAAGAACAGAGUAGAAAUUUAAGGUGCAUGUGAGCACUGAAGACAAUGUGAACUAAUUUAUUUAUUUUAUGGGAUUUGAAAAUGUACUCUUAUCCUAAGGACAUUCUUUUGCUGUUUUGAUAUGGACAUAUGCCUACGCUGAAUGCUUGAAUGCCAGUCUGUGCACCUUUGGAUUGUACAAAAUGUUAAAGAAUCAAAGUAUUUGUUAAAAUAUAGGUUUUUAGGGGGUGGGGGACGCUUCUAAUAUUUGUACUUCUCAUAAAAAGCCUUUUGUCUUCUACUCUUUUUGGUGUUGUGUUCUUCAGAAGAGAAAUUGCUGGAAGUUUUGGCUACAUUGGCAGAUUUUGGCAGAAAAUAUAGCAUUGCACCUUGAUUUA